AGAACAGGUUUAAAUAAUAAAACAAAACGAAAGUAAACUCGUUCUAAAACUUUGAUUUUGCAACUAUUCUGAGACAACCUAUUAGAUACAUAUUUUUUUAUGAGUCAAAUAACGCGAAUCAAGUCUCGAAAGGGCAAAGCAAAGAAGAAUUUAAAGUGCCGUACCAACAUACCGAGUGAUCUGAAAAAAAGAUACUUUAUUUUUACAAAUAGACCAAUGAACUCCUAAAAUAUAAACCAAUUUUUAACCAACAUCAAUCUAUGGACCGUGUAAAGUACGAACCGGCAGAGGAGAUUGCUUCAUAUGCAUAUGUUCCAGCAAUUAUUAUUGAUAGGCGUAUGAACAAUUACAAAACAAAGGGCACUCGCUGAAGUGUCUCAAGCAUUGAGUCGUGCACUCAUAAGUAGACGACAAUUCUAUCAAGAUGGGAAACUGUUUUAGUACUCCUCCCAAUUCGGAGCGAGGAGAGGAACGGCCUCAAAGAAGUGGAAAUACCAGCAUUGAUCCAGUCGCCCUACCAGUUAGCCCAGUACCAACUCCACCCCCAGACCCUAUAAGACCAAUUCCUCAGAUACCUGAAACAGAUGUACCUACAGCAAAAAUAUUUGUUGCGCUAUAUGAUUAUGAUGCGAGAACAGAUGAAGACCUUAGCUUCAGAAAAGGAGAGCAUUUGGAAAUUCUCAACGAUACACAGGGUGACUGGUGGCUAGCCAGAAGCAAGAGGACCAGGCAGGAGGGUUACAUUCCUAGUAACUACGUUGCUAAACUAAAAUCAAUCGAAGCCGAACCAUGGUACUUCAGAAAAAUAAAACGCAUUGAGGCUGAAAAAAAAUUGUUGCUACCAGAGAAUGAUCACGGGGCCUUCUUAAUUCGUGAUUCCGAGAGUCGACACAAUGACUACUCACUUUCAGUUCGAGAUGGGGAUACAGUGAAACAUUAUCGUAUUCGACAACUAGACGAAGGUGGCUUCUUCAUAGCUAGACGCACUACAUUUAGAACUCUACAGGAGCUCGUAGAACAUUACAGCAAAGAUGCAGAUGGACUCUGCGUGAAUCUUUGCAAACCAUGCGUGCAGGUUGAGAAACCUGUGACGGAGGGUUUGAGUCAUCGUACACGAGAUCAAUGGGAAAUCGAUAGAUUGUCUCUCAAAUUUGUGCGUAAACUUGGACAAGGACAGUUCGGCGAAGUAUGGGAAGGCUUAUGGAAUAAUACAACACCUGUUGCAAUAAAAACGUUGAAGCCUGGAACUAUGGAUCCGAAAGACUUCCUUGCCGAGGCUCAGAUCAUGAAGAAGCUGAGACAUGCUAAAUUAAUUCAACUCUACGCUGUCUGCACAAUGGAAGAACCCAUUUAUAUUAUCACAGAACUGAUGAGAAAUGGAAGUUUGCUAGAGUUCCUACAAGGAAAAGGUCGUGGCUUGAAACUUAACCAGCUAAUUGAUAUGUCAGCUCAAAUCGCAGCAGGCAUGGCUUACUUGGAAUCACAAAAUUAUAUUCACAGGGAUCUUGCAGCACGUAACGUUCUAGUAGCGGAGAGUAACGUUGUGAAGAUCGCUGAUUUUGGUCUUGCUAGACUGAUUAAAGAAGAUGAGUACGAAGCUAGAAUAGGCGCCAGAUUCCCAAUUAAAUGGACUGCACCCGAAGCUGCCAAUUACAGCAAAUUCAGUAUUAAAUCUGACGUUUGGUCUUUUGGAAUCCUUCUCACAGAGCUGGUUACCUAUGGAAGAAUCCCAUAUCCUGGUAUGACAAAUGCUGAAGUCUUGCAUCAAGUCGAACAUGGGUAUCGUAUGCUAUGUCCGCCUAGCUGCCCAACAGCUCUUUAUGACAUAAUGUUGGAGUGCUGGAACAAAGACCCUAUGAAGAGGCCAACAUUUGAAACACUGCAAUGGAAACUAGAGGAUUUCUUCACUAUGGAUGGCUCGGAAUACAAAGAGGCAUCCGCGUACUGAAUUACACGUUAGUAAUUGCAAUAUUAUCGAUUCACUUAGAUCUGCUGUUUUUUUAUAGCACUUGCCACGAAAUAUUCAAAAGAUCUGGUCAUCAUUUACGGUCAUUUACGGAUAAAUUUUGAAUAAUUGGCCGUUUCUAUACCAGAUCAAUGAAAAUUUUGUCAAUUUGAGUACGUUUGGAAGUUUUCUUCAAUGACUGGAUAAAAUUUACGUACUACAUGCUAAAUACAAAAAAGAAUUUGUGGUGUAGUAAGAAAUUCUUGGAAGUUCUGCGUUAGAACCCUUACCGAAUCUUCUUUAUUUUUCAUAUUCAGGGCAUGGUUCCAAUGAGGAAAUAUAAUCUUCAUAUGCAGCGCACAAAAUUAUUCACACCGUACUUCAUUAUUCCAAUUGGAAAUUUAUCGGUCGCGCUAUAUAAAAACAGCAUGUACUUUGUUAUACAUGAUUCAUUCUCGUAGGCGAUACGCGUUAUCGUUUAUGACUGUAUUUUUAUUCUAGCUGCCAUGUACAGGUGUUAAGUUCGUUUUCUAGAUUUUUCGUUUUCAGCAACGUACAGAUGUAAUCCAUAUUUUUUACAAACAAAUAUAUUCCAUUAAAAUACGUGCGAAAUUAAAAGUGUCUUUCAAUAAGAGAUGGAUAAACAAUAAUUAUUCUUCAACUAUAUCAUCAUGAGAAGGUUUGUCUUUACUUCAAACUCAUGAAAUUCUGAGAGAAAUUGAGUAAUAAGGCUAUGUGUGCAUUAAAAACGAGCUGAAACCUUGAUGAAAUUUUUUGGUGCGCCGCGAGGUUUGGAAUAAAAUUGAACUGCAAAAAAUAUUUGCAGGAAGUACAGUUUGCCUCCAUGUGAGAAUUUUCAUCCGCUUUCAUCCCGAAGUUCAUUGCUAUCCACAUCAGAGCUGAAGGUGUGACCUUACUUAUCAAUCACCCAUUUAAUAAAGCAUAGCUGUGCGCAUGGUAUAUAUUUUUUGUGUGACACAGUAUUUUUACAAACAAUUCACCAUAUAAUUUUCAUAAUGGCUUCUGACGGGGACGUUUCUCAAUAUUGCCAAAACUUGCAUGAAACUAACUUUGGAGAUGUUGAUCAAUUGAAUCAAAUGUAAAGUUCUUAUUUGUGGCAAACUACUUUGGAAUGGGAUAUUGCUAAUACUGCAAUUAACGGUUGUUCGCUUGUAAGGCCCAUAACGCGAAACAUUUCAAACUGAUGUAUUUAAUAUCAACAUGAUAAUUGUUAAGUGUUCAUGAAAAAUUACGCAUAAGUUUAGUUUUAAAAGCAUAUGAGUGUGAGAACUUAUCCUGAUGAAUACCAACGGUGUACUAGUAAUUAACAUUUCUUUUCUACGUUGAAUCGUUUUACACCUGCCAAAUUAAAUGUACGACUCUCAGUUUCAGUUGCAUCGGCGUACAUGUUUUCCUGAAUAUCCUGUGCGCUAGUUUUUCUAUUAUCACCUAAUCCACACAAGCAAGUUUGUUGAGGUUUGUGAAUAUUUUAUUUUUUCAUCAUGCUGAUACUGGUCGAUAAUUUACGGGGAAGAACGUAUAGUUGCAACUAGACUUUGCACAGAUUGCCUUCGAUUUUUAUCUUUUUUUUUUUGACUUUUGAAUUUUUGUUUUGUUCUACACAUACACAAAUUAAUUAGAUUUCAGUAAAGAGAAAAUCAUUCAAUUGCUUCCAAGGCUUUUGACCUUUGUGUAAUUCAUUCUUCCUGUACUACAAAUUAGGAGCGUGAUCAUAUGCAUAUAACCGUGCGUCACAACUCGGCAUCCCAGUUAGAUAAGAUCUGUUGUCACCAGCGGCAAUCAACUCCUGUCGUAUCAUAUGUACAUUAGUUUAGUUGAAUUCUUUAGAUCAUACUCACCAGGACUCAACUCAAAAUUACGCCCUUGGAUUCGUCUAGCUAAUUUCUGGGACCAUUUUGUGACGCACAAAUGGAAAUAUCUCUCUUCCUAGUUUUAUGAAAAUCAUUCUUAUGAAUAAAUGUGUAAAAUAAAUUACAUGGAUAGAAUGAGUUGACGAUAUCUAAAUAAAAACCUUCAAACUCGUUGUCUUGUGCAAUUUGGAAAAAAAGCAAACUCCGAAAAAAUAAAUAAAUUGAUAAAUAGCUAAUUCAAUUCUUGACGACAACUGAGAAUAAUGUCACUGCAAUGUGAUGCUCGAAGAUUGUAUAACUCAAACAAACAACAACGAUUUUCAGACUGCCGUAGAAAAAAAAGAGGAUGAAAACAGAAAAUUGUGUCGUUUAUAUAUGUAUGAUAUAUUGUAUGUAUACAUAAAUUGACAAAAUAUGACAUAGAUAUGUAUUUUCAAUGUAACGCAAUACUAUAGUAUACUUACUAUAACUAUACAUAUAACUUUGUGGAACGUCAAGCUGCCAUCAGCCUCCAAACGAUAUAAAUAGAACAUUAUAAUAAAUUUAAUUGUAAAGAGCAGUUUAUUGAUAAGUACAUACUAUAAUAUACUCAUUUUAGUUUAUUACAAUAUUUUAUUUUAUAUAAGAGCAAUCUGUAUUAUGCGAGCACUAUAUUUUUGUUGUCAUACAUUUAAUCAUCAUCUACAUAUAUUAUAGUUUCUACAAAAUAAAUCAAUAGUUAUAAUAUUUCCUGAGUUCUUAUUUAACAAUUAUUAUUCUCACUAUUAUUAAUGUUAUUGUUGUCAUUAUCAUAUUAUUAAUACGAUUAUCAUGAUUUUCUAUUGAGCGUCGCUAUUGACAAUGGAAAUAUUAUAAGCUAUCGGUUUAAUCUCAUACCUAUGUAACAAUAACAUUGCUCAGAUAAAGAUAGAUGGAGAAGUUUUCUAAAGUUAAUAUCUAACGCCCAACCAAAAAUAAAAAAUAAGGUUCGAUGCAUUACAUCAUAGCAAAUAUGAUACGAAUCAACUGGGAGAAACAUUUCAAUGGUUACUAUACAUGUAUGUAUAAUUAUAACUAUAUAUUAAAGUACCUAAAUUUAUGUGUAAAAAAAAAGAAAGAACCGUAAUAACGAAGCUAACUACAUAAACUACAUAAUACUUAUCACAAGUAAUUGUAUAAUUUUAUACACAUAUCGAUAUUUAAUAUUCAUAUUGUAAAACACUAUUCUUCAACCUCUUAUUUUGCCAAAUCAUGGAUAUAGGUUGUUCAGAUUAUGUAAAGAAAGGAUGUAUACAGUUCAAAUUUACAUAAAAGGAAUAAUGUAUGUCUAUAUUUGCAUUAUUAAUUAUGAAUUGCAACAGAGUGUUUGGUUUCUGUUUGACAGUUUAAUCGUUUACACAGCGCCUAUUAGUAUCAACGUCUUGUAUUGAUAAUAAAUACAAAAGAAAGCAAAAAACAAUAAAGAAUAAAUGAAAAUG